AUGCAUUCUUUCCUAAUUGCAAUUCUAGCGAUUAUUCAGGCAGGAAUUUCCCAAGCCGGAACCCUUGAGGUAAUAGAUCAUGAUGGGCAAUGUCUGAUAUGGUCUAACGAUAAUUAUGGCUGCACGGGUUACUCUGCGUCUUUUGGCCUUCUCAAUGGAGUUGAUUGUUCAAGUAGGCAAGCUCAAUUGAAACUUCAGAACACUGUUAACAGUUUGCUAGAGCUCAGUGUGGUCGACAAGAGCAACCGUCAUGAAUUGAAUGUGCUCAACGUCGACGUAUGCGGUACUGAAGAUGGCUUACCCGCUGCUUGGAUCCAGGUGAACCACACGGGACUGGCCACUUUUACCAAUAAAAAUGGGAACCAAGCGUCCUGUGUGCUCAAUAAUGGAUUAAAGACCGGUAGCUGGUGUGUUGCAACUGGAAAAUGGAACAAAACGAAUUCGCCCUCCUACUCAUCUACCAGUAAACUAUCUACCGGCACUCAAUCUGCUAGGACUCCAUCUACCAGCACUCCAUCUACCAGCACUUCGUCUACCAGCACUCCGUCUACCAGCACUCCGUCUACCAGCACUCCGUCUACCAGCACUCCGUCUACCAGCACUCCGUCUACCAGCACUCCGUCUACCAGCACUCCGUCUACCAGCACUUCAUCUACCGGCACUCCGUCUACUAGCAUGCUAUCUACGGCCACUAUGGAAGAUAAUCUCGUCACGAGUACUAGUGUUGUUUGGGUCACGAGGUAA